AUGUUGGCCGCGUGCAACACCGCGGCCGUAAGGCCACACGCCAAGAGCUUCGACAGCCGCGGCGCGGUGGAGCAGCCAGCUACGGUGGAUUACAACGCAGAAGGAAGAUUGGCUGAGGGAGGACUGGAGGAGCCAUCCGGACGGGCGCUGCCUACGAGGGAGACCUGGCGCCACAAGAUGGACUUCUUGAUGUCCGGGGUGGCCUUCGGCGUGGGUCUUGGUAACGUCUGGCGCUUCCCUUACCUGUGCUACAAGAACGGCGGCGGUGAGCUUGUGGCCUGUUGUACUCUUUGCGCGUCUCUGCCAGGAGCCUUCCUCGUCCCGUAUGGCCUGACCAUGAUCUGCACCGGCAUCCCCCUCUUCUUCCUGGAGGUGGCGAUGGGGCAGCUCACUCAACAGGGUGGCAUUGGAGCGUGGAAGAUCGUGCCACUUUUCACUGGGAACCAUUCAGGCAUCGGCGUGGCGUCGAUGGUGAUCAUCUUCCUCAGCUGCAGUUACUAUGCCGUGAUCCUGGCCUGGUCCCUCUACUACCUCCUGCACAGCCUGACCACGGCUCAGCUGCCCUGGACCCACUGCCAGGGCUGGUGGGCGACGGCCGCCUGUUCGGAGACCUACUCGUCGUGCCCGACCAACGCCACGGCGAGCAACGUCUCUCUCGCUCGGAGCCAGGGAGCCGGCAAUUGGAGCAACGCAGCAGCCUCGGCCUGUCCAGAGAGGAGCUCACCCACGACAGACUUCUGGGAUGCCUCUGUGAACACGUGCAGGCGCAACGUGCUGCGUAUGUCGACGGGCAUACACGACCUGGGCUCGGUGAACUGGCAGAUGUUGCUAUGCCUGCUGGCCAUCUGGAUCGUCGUCUAUUUCUGCGUGUGGAAAGGAAUCAAGUUCUCUGGCAAGGUCGUCUACGUGACCGCCACUCUGCCGUACGUGCUGCUGCUGGUGCUGCUAGUACGCGGAGUCACGCUGCCGGGCGCUCUGGACGGUUUAACUUUCUACCUCAAACCAGACUGGACUAAGCUCGCCACGCCGCAGGUGUGGGUGCAGGCCAGCACGCAGGUGUUCUACUGCUAUGGCGUGGGUCUUGGGGUGCUGCCCGCUCUCGGGAGCUACAACAAAUUUCACAACAACUGCUACCGGGACAGCAUCGUGCUGACGCUCAUCAACAGCGCCACGAGCCUCUUCUCCGGCUUCGUCGUGUUCUCCUUCCUGGGCUUCAUGGCGCAGGAGCAAGGCGUUGACAUUUCCAGCGUUGCCGAAGCAGGGCCCGGGCUGGUGUUUGUGGUUUACCCGCGUGCCAUAUCGCUCCUGCCCGUGCCCGCUGUCUGGGCUGCUUUGCUCUUCAUCAUGCUCAUCCUGCUCGGCGUGGACAGUGAAGUGAGUUUCUCUGCCCAAGGUGUCCCUUACACAAACGACGCGUUACCACUGGCUGUAGUAAUAAUAAUAGACAACACAAUGGAUAACGUGGGCAUAUAUAUCGUGAAUUGGACACAAUUGUUCGAUCGAGAACUUGGGAGGCGUGGAGCCAGAGCUCAAAGUCCCUCGUAUGCCAGCAUGAACAGGUGUGGGCCUGAACAGUUUGCUGGGAUGGAGGGGUUCGUGACAGGGGUCAUGGACAUCUUCCCGUCCCAGCUGAGCGGCAAGAUGCGAAGGGAAGUCUUCACGGGCCUCUGUUGCCUUGUCAGCUUCCUUCUCUCCAUUACCAUGGUGACGCAGGGCGGCGUGUACGUGUUCCAGCUGUUUGACAACUACGCGUCCAGCGGCAUCUCCAUGCUGUGGCUCGUGGGCUGGGAGUGCAUCGCUGUGGCUUGGGUUUACGGUAGAACAGGCUCGCUCGGGCAACCCACUCAAUCGUCCACUCCUCACUCACCUGUUCACGCACAGCUCUCAAUUAUUAUCACCGUCGUUGUGGAGAACAUCAAUAACAAAACGGAUGAGCGGACUAUAUGCCUCCCUCUCAUAUCUGACUCUCCACGAGCCAAUCGGUUCAUGCAGGACCUGACGGCGAUGCUCGGGUUCCGUCCGCACGCAUGGGUGCGGUGGUGCUGGAGCGUGGUCAGCCCCGCCGUGUGCUUGGGUAUCUUCUUGUUCCAUCUGAUGCACUACGAGCGGCUCACGUACAACGACCGCUACGUGUACCCACGCUGGGCCGAGGCUCUGGGCUGGCUGAUGGCACUCUCCUCCAUGCUGUGCAUCCCGGCCGUGGCGUUCUUCAAACUCCUCAGGGCCAGGGGCAGCCUCGCACAGCGCUGGAGCCACCUAACGUCGCCCCAGUCGGCAGAGUUGCCCAUCCACUUCCAUCAGAGCCCACCCUCUGAGCUGCCUCUGUUACCCUUGGCUAAAGCCUGAAGGACAUACUGCAGUUAAUACCCCGAUUUACAUCUCCCCAAUUUUUUUAUUACACGCUUUUUAUUAACUCACUCUGUCUGUUGUAUCCUCAAAUAUUUGUAACUAAAUUUUG